CGCCGGAACGCUGGGACCCUAGAUUGAUCAAUACCGAACCGAACCGUUUCCGCCCGCUGCACACUGCACUGCACUGCACACACCGCAGCAGUGUGGUGUCGUGCAGGGCCGUCUCGGGCACAAGUGCUAGCCGUCUGGUCUCUGGUUUAGUUCAUGACUUCAAGCUCUCCUUGACCCACGGGCAUGGAGGCGAGACAAUCAUCGACCACCGACGACGGAUUAUCCCACGAAGACCUCGGACCCCAGCUCAACCUCGUCUUCUGGCUGCUCACCGGUCUCUCCACCGUCUUCCUCGGCCUCAGGAUCUACUGCAAGGUGCACCGCGGCCGCCGUCUCUGGUGGGAUGAUUACAUCCUCAUUGCCUCAUGGGUCUCCCUCGUGGUCUCGGCCGCAACGACCUCGGUGUGCGUGAGCCUCGACUACGGGAAGAACCUUCACGACAUGGACCCAGCCAACCUGCCCAAGAUGCCUUUCGUCGCCGUCUUCGCCGGGUUCUUCUCGGUUCUCGCCGCCGCCUGGAGCAAGACCUCCUUCGCCGUGACCCUCCUCAGGCUCUCACAGGGCUGGAUGUCAGGUGUCAUUUGGUUCAUCAUCGUCACCAUGAACGCCAUCAUGGGCACCGCCAUGCUGUUUAUGUGGAUCAAAUGCCGGCCCUUUGCCAAGAUCUGGGAUGACAGUAUCCAGGGCUGGUGCAUUGACCCGAACAAGAUUGUGGUGCUGUACCAAUGGUCGGCUGGCUGGUCUAGCUCCUCCGAUGUUAUUCUCGCGCUCCUCCCAUGGAGGAUCCUCUUCCACAUGCACAAAACACUGAGCACCAGGGAACGCCUCGGCGUUGCUGUUGCUAUGAGCAUGGGAUUGGUUGCUGGCGUUGCAUCGUUCGUCAAGAUGGCGAUGCUGCCCAAGCUCACGGGAGAACCAACGGACACAGUGGCAGUAACCAUAUGGGGCGGCGCAGAGGGAUCCAUCACCAUCAUCGCUGCCUCCAUCCCUGUUCUCCGGGCCUUCAUCCGUAGCGAGAUGAAUCGUUCCAUACCGGUCACGCUCGGCACGACGGACGAGCACCGGCUCAACGCUACGAGUCUUGAUACCCUCCCAACAGCAAGAAAAACUCAUAACGGCAUACAUCGAGUUCAUAGUCAUGUUAGCUGAUGAGCGAAAUGUCCUUGAUCUUGCGUAGUAAAUUGGAUUAUUUCCCCCCCUAUCAAUUCGGACUUCUAAGGUUAGA